UUUUAUUAGGUACAUUUGGUAAAGCAUGUUUUAUUUGUCGAAUACCAAUAGAUAAUUAUAAAUUAAAUACAAUUGAUGGUUUAUCAUUUAUUGCUGAAACAUUUCCUGUUUGUCGAGUUUUUCCAUUAGCAGCAUCAGCAUAUGGUAUAUUAGCACUCGAUUUUACAAAUGAUGGUCUUGAUGAAAUAAUCAUUGCAACAACAAAAGGUUUACAUAUUUAUCAAUUAGAAUUAAAUGAAGUUGUUAAAUUAAUAGAAAAUCGUUUAGAAAAGAAAAACAAUGAAAAUGAGAAUUUAUCAAAUAGUCAUUAA